UCGUUCAAAGCGCAAGAGACUCUAUUAGUUUGUUACAACAAUGGCUGAGGACCCUAAUGACUCCAUCCCGCUUGCUCAGCGCAUGGGUGUAGAUCGCAUUUGUAUAGAUUACGCUCCCACAUUAGUUCCUUGGUUAACCCAUGGCAAGUACGAGCGUCGUUUGAGGAUACCUCGUCAUCGUGACACUCCUUUGGACUUUAACAUUGUUCGUCCACCAUUUUGUUAUUCCAGUUUUGGUAAUAACUACAAUGGUGUCUGCAGUCAUUUAGCUCAUGCUUCUUUCAAUCGCAACAAAUUCCCUAUUGUCAGUUUACGUUGGUUUCCCAAUGGCAAGACUUUACUUGCUGGUAGUCAGGGUGGCAAGUUGAUUAUGUGGAACGGUUUAACUUUUCAUUUUGACGACAUUAAGCGUUACCCUGUGAGUGGUGGCAGUGUUACAGCUUUGGAAUGGUCUCCUGACGGUGACUAUUUAAUAUCCGGUGAUGAGUAUGGCAAGCUUGCUUUGUUAUCUCCAGCUUUAAGUUUACUUGACAACACUUUAUUUGAGGGAUUAAGCAAGCCUGUAUUGGAUCUUUCCAUGUCACACAAUGGCUCUAAGGUUUGUGCCUGUGCUGAUACGUAUUCACCUCAUAUUUGGGACGUCCAGCGUCGUGAGCUAGAGGGUGUUUUAAGUGGUGCUCAUGUUGACACUACCAGUGUAUCAUGUUUGCAGUGGCAUCCAUCUAGGUCAUUGAUUGCCACUGGCAGUAAGAUUAAUGUGGUAUCACUUUGGGACCCUUCAACUCGUGAGCAGAUAUCUACUAUCCACGCUCACAAAGCUCCCAUUUGCAAGGUAUCAUGGAACCCCGAUGGCUAUUCCUUUUUGACCGCUGGUGUUGAUGGUUUAGUGAAGCUAUGGGACUUACGUAUGAUGAAGCAGUUGUUGUUAUAUCGCAUUGCCACACCGGUAUCCAGUAGUACAGUUACUGUAUCAGGUGCCAAUCCAACUCCUAUGAAGCUGAUGACUAUUCCUACUACCAUUGGUUGGAACCCUGUCCAGCGCAAUGUAUUCGCUGUUUGUGACAACAAGUCGCGUUUAUUUUACUUUUCUAGCAAUUUUGCUGAGCCUUUGGCUGUAUUGAAUGUGAAUUUGGGUGACGAGCGUGACACUGCCACUUUAGCUAUGGACUGGCAUCCCAUGGGCCACAUGUUGGCUACAUGUUCCGAGGAUCGUGUAGUUCGUUUUUGGAGUCGCAGUCAGCCUGGUGGUCUGCUUCAGCAGCAUCAGGAGGCUCGUGAAUUCGCUGAUGGUGAAUUGGUCAAGUCAUUUCCAUUAUCACGUUUCAAGUUGGACACGCUUGACAUAUCAACUGUGUUAUCAGUUGGUUCUGACACUCGUUAGGUAUUGUCUAUGGACAUUGUCACGGUUAAUCAUUUGUACACUCCUUUUGG